GGGUGUCGCCGUGGUGGCUCCCAUUCGAAGGCGACGGCGGUCGUCUAUAUUUCGGUUGUAAUCUCUCCAGAAAAAAAGCGAAAUAACUCCGAGCAGACAGCGAAUUUUACAGACUUUAACGUUGAGAUUUUUUCCAAAUUCUUCUCGGUCGAGCUUGUGGCAGCCGGGCUCUGGAAUGACGGGGUGUGCCGAGAAUUUGAAUUAGCUCGCCGUUAGUUUGAAGAAAGAGUGAGUCGGGGUAGAGAGAGGAGCCAUUUUGUCCCGACUGUGUGGGAGAAAAGAAAGAGUGGAAAAGAGGAAUCACACGGGAGGAGAUCCUUAUUUUUGCUUUCUGUUCUCAUGCUGUAAAGGGGGAACGCAGUUGGGCUUGGGAAAUAUAACUUCUCCACGGGCACGUUAUUUGGGUGGUAUUUAGCCAACUAGUUAGCUUGCCAAGCUAAUCAACAAAUCCCAGAUUGUUAAACGUUAACAGUCAAGCAGAAGCGGGGCAAUUGGACGGGUUGGAGCUGGCAUUAGACUUCACAUAGGCGUGCUAGGUUAUCAGUUUUUUUUGUUUCUUGUCUGGGUUGAUACAAGCUGUUUUUCAAUGGCGAAGAAGACGUACGACUUGCUGUUCAAGCUGCUUCUGAUCGGAGACUCGGGCGUGGGGAAGACCUGUGUGCUGUUCCGCUUCUCUGACGACGCCUUCAACACAACCUUCAUCUCCACCAUAGGAAUAGACUUCAAGAUCAAAACUGUUGAAUUACAAGGAAAGAAGAUCAAACUACAGAUCUGGGACACAGCGGGCCAGGAACGGUUCCACACCAUCACCACCUCCUACUACAGAGGGGCCAUGGGCAUCAUGCUGGUCUACGACAUCACCAAUGCCAAGAGCUUUGAAAACAUCAGCAAAUGGCUGCGCAACAUUGAUGAGCAUGCAAAUGAGGAUGUUGAGAGGAUGCUGCUAGGCAACAAGUGUGACAUGGAGGACAAGAGGGUCGUACCAAAAGCCAAGGGGGAGCAGAUUGCGAGGGAGCACGGCAUUAGGUUUUUUGAGACGAGCGCUAAGGCCAACAUCAACAUCGAGAAGGCUUUCCUCACGUUAGCAGAAGACAUCCUCAGAAAGACGCCUGUAAAAGAGCCCAACAGUGAAAACGUUGACAUCAGCAGUGGAGGUGGAGUCACAGGCUGGAAGAGCAAGUGCUGCAGUUGAACAACUCCUCAGUCUCACUCACACUAACGCACACAAACACACACAGACAAACAAACACAUGUUCUCUCUCUCUGUCUCUCUAACUGCUAACUCUAACUCUGUCUCUGCUCUCUAACCUGUCUCAUGAGUUUUGUUGCACACUGACACUCUCUGUCUCUUUAUCAGAAUAAAACAAUAAACCACUUCACUCAUCUAAUCCUCCCUCCACCCUCCACCGUACUCUUCCACUCUCCAUCUGAUGAUCAUUUUUAUUUCUGAUAAAAAGAGAAAUCCAGUCACGUUUCUUGUCAUUUGUUUUAAAAGUUGUUUAAAAAAAAAAACAGGAAAAAAAAGUGUGGAAAAGACAAGCUCAUAUUUUUAAUAAUUCCUUUGCCUGAGCUCACCUGGUUGGACACCCUCACCCACCCUUAACCCCACCCCCCCACCC